AUUGCCGGGUGCCAUGUGUUAUAAUUCAAGCCCUGUCUAUAUAAAUCAGCUUUACAUGUACAUUGACAAAUCACCAAUCUGUGACCCUACCUUUAAGGAACCUUAAAUGUUGAAUCCCCAGUGGGAAUCAAAACUAGCUGUCAGUCAUUAAUUGGCAAGUAGCAUUAUGACUCAGCUGAGUCAGAUUUCAGCUGACUUUGGGUUUCUCGAGAUGCAACAAGCAGGUGGGGUUCUCUUCUGGAAUGCAAAACACAAGGACAGACUGUGUGUACAGUACAGUACAUGCGCAGUAACACACAACAGUGGAUCAUUAAACAGUUGUAAGAGUAGCUUACAACACUGUAUUUUCUAAAGUCAAAUUUAUGCCACGAGAACUUUUACCCUAAAAUGGCCGGAGAGGGUAAUUCGAUCAAAGUCCCCUUGGCAGUGACCCUGACUGGAGAUAAAGCCAAAGGCAAGAACAACAAUCGCUCACAGAACAUGAUGGGGGACAACCAGUCAACACAGUCUGGGAUGUCGUUUGCGCCCAAGAAGCAUGCCAUCACCGAAGACUACGAAAUCAGUAAGAAGGUUCUUGGUCUUGGGAUCAACGGCAAGGUCUUGGAGUGCUGCAAUAAACAGACCAGACAGAAGUACGCGUUAAAGGUGCUACUUGAAAACCAGAAAGCCCAGAGGGAAGUGGAUCUUCACGUCCGAGCUGGGAAGAACUACAACAUCGUUGGCAUCGAGGACGUAUACGAGAACAUCUACAAUGGACACAGAUGCCUUCUUGUCGUCAUGGAAUGUAUGGAAGGUGGAGAAUUAUUCAGCAGAAUACAGGAGAAGAACUCCUUCACAGAAAGAGAGGCAGCUGAGAUUGUGCGUAACAUCGCUUUAGCGAUCCAGCACCUCCAUUCCAUGAACAUCGCUCACAGAGACCUGAAGCCAGAGAAUCUCUUGUAUAGAGACAAGACCAGCAACUCGGUGCUGAAGCUGACUGAUUUUGGCUUCGCUAAGAUGACCACGACCGCCACGCUGCAAACGCCAUGUUACACACCUUACUAUGUCGCACCUGAAGUUCUUGGCCCGGAGAAAUACGACAAAAGCUGUGACAUGUGGUCAUUAGGAGUCAUUAUGUACAUACUGCUGUGUGGCUUCCCACCCUUCUACAGUAAUCAUGGCCUGGCCAUCUCCCCCGGCAUGAAGAGACGGAUCCGUAAUGGUCAGUACGAGUUCCCCAAGCCGGAGUGGGACCAGGUAUCCAUGGAGGCCAAGGACUUAAUCAACCAGCUGCUGAAGACUGAUCCCGUUGACCGUCUGACCAUCACAGAGUUCAUGAACCAUAACUGGGUCAAGAAAUAUAACGAGGUACCCGAGACACCUCUGUGCUCUGUGCAAGUUAUGAAGGAAGAGAAGGAUCAGUGGGAUGAUAUGAAUGAUGAGAUGACGAACGCGCUGGCAACGAUGCGAGUCAACUACGACCAGAUCAAGAUUAAGGACAUGACGGACGCCACCAACCCGCUACUACUGAAGAGACGCGUCAAAGAGCAAGACGUCAAGUCGUGAUUCAGCAAGGACCCUUUUUCUUGAGCACCGUCUUUUUGCACUGGCUCAUCUCCAUUUCAUACCCUCUCCCUAUUUCUGGCGCCUGGAUUCUUACAAGAAGUUUAUUUGAGAUUGGAAGAGUUAUCAAACCUGUUGUGCUGGAGCAACUGGAUCGUUACACUAUGAUGGAACCUUUUGUGCAUCAUUUUGUUAUUGCUCAAGAGGUGGUAUCAGUUUUUGUGUGUGUUUUUUGUAACAUUCCUUGUUUUACACUUUGAAACCAAAGGCUUUGCGAUAUGACCUUGUGGCUUUGAACCAAUAGAAUGUUUGAAACUCUUCAAGAUGUGAUCUUUUUUUGUAUAAUAAGGUUUUGACAUUCAUCCUUGUGGCAAACUGCCCUUUCACUGAGGUACCCUAUCGCCAUGGACAAAAACUGCCUGGCCUUUACAGGAAGAAAAAAAAUCUUAAGCCUGGUGAUAUUUUUGUGAGCAGUCUUUUAGCAGAGGUUCUGUUUUUUCCUGACGUCAGGAAAACACAUUCUAUUCUGAAGAAUCAUUUUCAUGUUCUUCACGUCAUUUUUUAAACCUCAGGGUAGGGUCAUGGCAGACGGUAAGGCUUGGAAGUCCUGGGUAUGCAACUCUAACUUCAUUUAUCAGUGAUUAAGUACAUUUGUAUUUGUUUAUUUGGAUGACGCUCAUCUAUAGUACCUGAUGUUGAUGGUACGACAACCAACCCUCAUGUAGGUCACAGGCACCAGUCUAAAAAACCAAAGGACCCAUGCUUCAUUUUAACUUCAUGCCAUGUGUGAUUUAAUGGCUUCGUCCGUGGCUGUGACUACAUUGCUGGAGAGUCCCAUACUCCAUUGUUGUCAAUGCAGCCAAUGGCUCUAGCAGUAGCCAGAGUCGCUUGAUUCCAACGCAGCUUUACGCUGACUUUUUGUGUGUGUGUGCUGGAAAGAAAGAUGGUUGUCUUGUGGUAAACGUUUGCAAACGAAUAAUUAACUAAAUAAAACUAUUAAAAAAUCAAAAAAAAUCUUAGAACUUUCAGUGUACAAAAUAAAUAGGAGUUUUUUCGAUGAGAAUAUUUUAAUGUUUUUUAUCAUGUUUUAAUGAUGGAUCCUACAUGUAUGGUCUUUGUUAAAAAAAAAAACGACGAAAAACGAAAGAAGAAAAACAUUUCUUUAAGAGAAAUCAUUGAUCUUCUUUUAUGCGAUCAAUGAUUGUUUUCCUAUACAUUAUUUGUAUAUUAACUGCCUAUUUGAAUAAUUGAAAUAAGCACUGGGAUUUCGUGUAAGAAACCUCAUUGCAAGAUUUUACCCGUGUGUGAGGAAACUAUCAAGGUUUGGGUUUUCGGCAUCAUGAACUUAUUUUGAAAUUCUUUCUAAUGUAAGCGAUCUUGCAAAAGAAUUCCCCUCUUCCCCUUUUUGAGUAGGUGGCAGCAGACUUUCCAAGUAAACCCAUUGUUCGUGGAAGUGUGCCCAUGCUCAGAAGUACGUCAAGGAUGGAAAGGUUGUGUUAUGUAUGCUGCCAAACGCUUCUACUAAGAUCCAAUGUCUGAGGUCGGUGCUCAAUUUCAUAGAGCUGCUUAAGCACAAAUUAUGCUAACCAGAACGAGGUAACCAACUAAAUACCAUUCCACAUACACCAUAUGUGACUGGUAUCCUGCUCAUUUUUCCUUGGCAGGAAAUCUGUAAGCACUAUUUUCUGCUUAAGCAGCUCUAUGAGUCUGAAGCCAGGCUUUAUUUCACAAAGCCGUGUACCAGAAAAUUCUGCUUAGCAAUAACCCCCCAAAAGUGUGGUACCGAUGGCAACAGUAUAAACUUUAUGGAAUGUUGGCUGGUAACCCGUUUCUGCUAAGCAAGAUUUUGUUUGUGCUUAGCAAGUUUCUGGGAGUACAGUUUAAUGAAAAAGGGGCCCAUGUAAAUUUAGGUCAAUCUACUUUGUGAUUGUUGGAAAGACAAGUUCAGGUUUUGGAAAGAUUUAAAUCAUAACGUGCAUUUGUAUCAAAUUUGUACCAGUACCAAUAAUUCCAAGUAAUAUUCUGUCUUUAAAGCGCACUGAUUUUGCAAAACAUUUCUAAAAGCAAAUUUUCCUUGUAUUCUGAAAAGUAAUUUUACUGUUGGGUUGGUCGAUACUGUUACUUAAAUAAAAUUAUGAAACUGAAAUUUCAGAGCAGAUUAAUGUCGACUUCUGUUUUGCCAAAAUUUUGAUAUGGGUAAUGGCUGUGGAUGUAGUUGAUUAUUUCGAAAGGAUAGCCUCUUUAAGUACACUGAGAUUCUUCUGUUCUUAUGUUGUAAAAUAAUGUCCAUAUAGCUUCUUAACCUAGACACAUUAUUUUAAGAUCUUAUUAAUUGACUUAUUAUAUAUAUAUAUAUUAUAUAUAUAUCAGACUUUGUAUUGUUUAAUUUGUAACUAUCGUUUCAUGCUGUACAUGAAAAUUAGUUCUUCUCUGGUACCAAGAAGUCUGCACAUACCAUUCAACCAUUAGAUUGCACUGAGCUAGGCAACUACUGUGGAUUGUAGAACCAGACUGAAGUAUUAAAUAGUUCAUAGUACAUAACACUCAUAGUAUACUAGUUCCUGUCUUAAGCUUUAUCGCUUUGUUAAGAACUGUCACUGCAAUGGUCCAUGGUUCGGAUCUAGUUUCUGUUCCUCGGUUACUUAAAAAACAUGUCCUGAAUUGCAUUGGUCCAGGGUUUAAGUUCAGGUUCAAUUUCCAAUUCUCGGUUAAUUAUGCAUAUCAUGUAUUGCAUUGGUGCAGGGUUCGAGUCAAGUUCCAGUUCUGUACCUGGGUUACUUAUAAAUAUCCUAUAUUGCAAUGGUCCAGGGUUCGAAUCCAUGUCCAGUUUGUGCACAUUGGUUAUUUAUUCUUAGUUUGCAAUGGUUCAGGGUGUGAAUCCGGAGGAGUUUGUUCUGCAAUGCUCCAGGGUUCAAAUCCAGUGUCUGUAUCUGAGGUACUUAUGAAUAUUCUAAAUUUGCAUUGGUCCAGGGUUGGAGCCCUGUUUAUGUACCGUGGUUUGCAAAUAAUAAAAAAUAGCAUUUAUUGCAAUGGUUUAGAAUUUGAAUUCAAUUGAGAUUGCCAACAAAUUGGGGGUUCUCCAAAUGGAGCUGAUAAGUUCGGUUUGUCGGAGAUACAAAUUUGUCACUCUCACUCUCGCUGCAGCGGUUCAGGGUUCAGAUCUAGUUCAGGUCAUGAAGGUGUGAUCUCCAUACUGGAGUGGAUUAGAUCAUUGGUGCUUUCAUUGGUGCAGGGUUCACAUCUGCACCGUGUUGAUGAAAGUGAUGUUUAGUUUUGAAUAGUUAAUUUUAACAUAUUUUAGCUUAUAUCACGCAGAUACGGAAACAGUCACAUGCUAAAUUUUUAGUUCGUAAAGUUUUCCGUUUGUAAAUGUACAGACAGCUCAUGUGCACACCUCAUUAUUAGUUUAACUGCAAAAGUCACAUGAUGUGAUGUUCUAGUCACAUUAUCUAUCACGUGUCUGUGUUAAGGUUUUAUUAGUGCGACGUAUACACUUUAAAUUUUCAAAAGAGAAAAGAGGAAGUAUAAUUUGAUUUGGUCAAAUCUCAACUCAAACCACCGUUAAUGCAUGCCCACUUUCCCACGCUGCUUAAAUUAUGCAAGUUAUGACGAGUGAGCGUCUUUCAUUGGGUACCUGAUUUGGGGAGGUGUUUAUUCACCAAUUAUAUAACUUUUUAGUUUCCUCCAAAAAACAGUGACUUAUAGUGUAAAAAUUUAAUCGGUCUGUUUUGAAAGUAAGAAUUGGAACCCGAUGUUUUUUGAAAAAAAGUAAGCACAAGCUGAGCCAAAAUUUGUUCUGUGUUUUUUUUUCGAAACUUGUUUAAUUCUGGUUUUAAAAUUAAACCAUAGCCAGAAUCCAUUGUUGACUUGAGUGUUAUAUUCAAUUUCAUUUGUUACUCUGGAAAUCAUUUUGUUAAAGGGAAGUAUACUCCGAAUUGUAAUUAAUAUCCAUUGUGGAUUUAUUUUGUUUAUGAUUACUUUACAUAAAAAACCUUAACCUGAAAAAAGGGGGAAAAACACCUUAAAAGAAUAAUUCUAACUACCCUAAAAUGUUUCAGUUUGUCUUGAAAUACAGUUAUUAUAAAAAGAAAAAGAUAUUAUUGGCUGAGAAUUCUUUCCCCCCAAAUAGAUUAGGAACUUCCUUCUGGUACCAAUUUCAUAUAUCCAUUAAGCACAGAACCUUACUAAGACCAGAUAAAUCUCGCUUAGCAGAAACAAGUAUAUAACCAACCAAAUUUACAUUAAGACUCACUUGUUGCUGCUUCCUCACUCAUUUCUUGCUGAGCAAGGACAUUUGCUGAACAGUACUUUGUGAUAAACAUUGCUUAACAAUUUCCGCUAAGCAGAAAUGAGCAGAAUACCAGUAACAAAUUGCACUUGUGACAUGGUAGUUUGGCUGGUAAUCUUAUUCUGGUAAGCAUGAUGAUGUGCCUGGGUACUUUUUGGGCUAAAGCAACUCAUGAAACUAGGCCCUGCUUUAUGAAAUCGGGCCCGGCGUGGGCUGGGGUAAAACUACAAUAUUCCAUGACUUGUGACCCUUACACCGAUGUGCGAUGAGUAUACACAAUGUGCAAAUUGUAAAUUUGUAUAAAAGGCCGAAAUGAAUUUCCCAUCGUGGAUAAUAAAGUGAAUUAAAAUUGAAUUGAAAUUGAAGUGACUGGGUUCUGUGGUCCUGCUGAGAAAACAAUCCACACUCUGGCAACCGAAUACUCCUCAUCCCACCCAAUAUCUGAGUAAAACAAAACCAUCACAUGGAGUCAGCUGAAAACUUUUCAAAAUUGAAAGUAGUUGAAAACCUAAUUUAAAAGUUUUGUUCACUCCGCGCCGCGCCUCGCCUCGCCUCAUCCACAAAAUGUCGGGGCGCCAUCCUAAAAAUGUAAGUUUAUUUGGUAUUAAGAAAUCAGAGCUUCAUUGUUUAGUAUUAACAAAGAGAUUUGUACACCUCAACUGAUUGUUUUGAAGACAGAGACUUGAAGGAAUUUAGGAAUAUUGAUGUAUAGUUGCAAUUUUAUAAUAAUAAAACCAUGCUGUAAUCAAGACCA